CAUAUAUAUUUUAACUUAGUACAGUUAUGUUCGUGCAACCGGUACUGGCUGAUCGGAAUUGCUAACUGUACCCAGAGUUGUUUUGCUGUUGGUGCAGUGUUCACGUGUGACCAGUAUUUAAAGCUCAGCCAUGGUUCUUACACUGUACAAGUUGGACGCGAGCCCGCCUGCCCGGGCCGUCAUGAUGACCCUGGAGGCCCUCGGCAUCAGGGACGUGGAGAUGGUGGACGUCAACCUGUUUGAAGGAGCCCAGUUCACCGAGGAGUAUGUGAAGAUGAACCCUCAACAUACAAUCCCGGCCUUGAAAGACGAUGACUUUGCUAUUUGGGACAGCCACGCCAUUUGUCCAUACCUGGUGAGCAAGUACGGUCAGGACGACAGUCUGUACCCGCAGGAUCCUCAACGGCGGGCCGUCAUCGACCAGCGCUUACACUUCGACUCAGGGAUCCUGUUCCCGAGCUUGCGAGCUACUGUGGCUCCAGUGCUGUUCCUCGGCGAAAGAUCCUUCAAGCCAGAGGGCUUGCAGGCCAUCAAGGCCGGCUACGAUUUCCUCGAGAAGUUUCUGGACAAGCCGUACUGCGCCGGGGACCAGCUGUCCAUCGCUGACAUCUGCACGUCAGCCACUGUCAGCUCGAUGAGUGCUGCUCUGCCGAUUGAUGCUGACACAUACCCAAAUAUCACAGCAUGGCUGGACCGGCUUUCAAAGGAGGAGUUUUACACCAAAGUCAAUCUACCGGGCUUGCAACAAUUCUCUGGUGCACUGAAAAGCAAGUUAUUGGCCAUGGGUCUCACCGUGUACAAGAUCGACUGGAGCCCCCCCGCCAGGGCCGUCAUCAUGACCCUGGAAGCCCUCAACAUCACUGACGCUGAACUGGUGGAUGUCAGUCUGCUGGAUGGAAAACAUAUGAGCGAGGAGUACUUAAAGAUGAAUCCUCAACAUACGGUUCCAGUUAUAAAAGAUGGCGAUUUCGUUUUGUGGGACAGCCACGCGAUCUGCGCAUACCUCGUCGACAAGUACGGCAAAGACGACAGCUUGUACCCGAAAGACCUCCAGAAGAGGGCCGUCGUCGACCAGCGCCUGCACUUCGACACCGGCAUCUUGUUCCCUAGCGUGCGAGGCGCCGCGGAACCGGUACUGUUUGACUGGGAGCCAACCUUCAACCCUGAAAAACUGAAAGUCAUCCAAUCCGGCUACGAUUUUCUGGAGAAGUUUUUGGACCACUCAUACCUUGCCGGAGACCACCUCACCAUCGCGGACAUCUGUGCCGGCGCUACUGUCAGCUCCAUGAACGUUAUCGUCCCUAUUGCAGCUAAUAGAUACCCGAAAAUCAGUGCGUGGUUGGAUCGUCUCAACAGCAUAGAAUACUUCUCCAGGAUCAAUGGAAAUGGCAUUAAAAUUAUUACUGCUUUGUUCGAGAGUAAACUAAACAAAUCAAAGAAGUAAUAUGCAUUGCAACUUCUUUGAGAUACUAUAUUAUAUAGGCAAUUCUAAGAAAAUAAUGUAGAAUUUACUAAAAAGACAUAGGUAAGAAAGUGCAUAUUUUACCAUAUGAAUGGGUAACUUGUUUUUACAUAAUGCAAUGAAUAUAAGAUAAAUCCUUGAUAAAUCACUCAAAUGGCAUUCUGUAAAAUAAUUUAUUGCUGGUAAUUAAGUUUUUGACACCCUGUUUCCUAUUGACCAUGGCUUUCAUGCCCACCUGUAUAUUAUAUUCGAUUUAUUUAUUUAAAA